AUGGGUGUCCACAAUCUAGAAGAGUACGUUGCCUACCACCGCCAGAAGCUGCGUGAAGAGAAUGCCUGUCAAGCUUCCACUUCUUCCUCGCAAUCACAAACCCCCAAACCAAAGAGAGUAGGCGGUAUUAACGAGUUACGCAGUAUGAGCGCCUACCAGGACAACGUAGUCAAAGCUUCCGGCGACGAUGUUGUCGUUAUCGAUUUCUUCGCCACUUGGUGCGGACCGUGCAAGGCCAUCGCCCCAACCAUUAUAAAGAUGUCGAACGAGGAGGCAUACACCGAUAAAGUCAAGUUCUACAAGAUCGAUGUCGACAACACACCAGAUGUUGCGCAAGAGCUGGGUAUCCGAGCCAUGCCAACGUUUGUGCUCUUCAAGGGUGGCGAGAAGAUUGGUGAGGUUGUUGGUGCGGAUGCCAAUACCCUGAGGAAGAAGAUUGAUGCUGCGCUUCAAAGUAUUGCCACAGGUCAACCAUACGUCGACCCUCCAGCGACGACCAACUGGAUGUCCUAUCUGCCUAUGCUCAUGCUCGUCGUCCUCGUCUUCAGGUACUUAAUGGGCAUCUAG